AUGCAAGGAUGCUGGGCUCUCUAACAGGACGCCACUGGACGAGGACCGCAUUCAAAUGCCGCAGCAAUGCAACGACAGUCGAGGGACCCGCAAUCCAGCAAUCCACUAUCUCACUGCACUGGAAGAAAUUAAUGGGUUAAAUUGAAAUUUCACGCUUUGCUGGCUUUGCAACUCGUUGUCAGGGCUUGGAAUAGGUCAGGUUAG